CAGAAAAAACAAUUAGUUGAAUAAUUGGAAGUUCUCAAGUAGGAUGUCCAGAGGAGGUGGCGCCAAAACAUGAUGACGUCACAAAGAGACGAACUGGCCUUUGAUGUCACGUGAGCAUCUCAACAGCAUCCAAACGAGCAGGUGGAAAUCCGUCAGAUGCUGCAUUCGAGCGCAAGCGAUUCAUCGGAACAUAGGCACGCGACUCAUCUGGAGACAUUUCUACCAUGGAACACCUCACGUCUGAACUUUCUGCAUUCGUUGAAUGGCUGGGAGAGUACCUACCAGAGCUUACUGCUGGUUCAUCAGAAGGCCGAGGCUCUGCAAUAGGGAUGACUACUUCUACUGACAUGGAUUUGAAAAUGGACAACGCUGAGAAUAAAACAACUAACUGGCUGCAGCUGUUGCGCAAAACAGACAGCAACCGCAAAAUGGUCAUUGCCUCUCUGGCUUUCCAAAAGACCUGGGCACAGGUAUGUCGUCUGCUGGAAGGCCUGGAGCACGAGUAUAAGAGGAUGGAGGACUGGUGCUGCCCAACAGGCAAACCUGACUCCAGCGCUCAGUUGGACCAUGUAACUUCCAUAAUCAGUAAACACCUGAAACAGAAGGAAUUCUUCCUCAAGGCCUGCACGUUAACCAAGGGCAUCGCAGGGAUCUUCUACCAGUACGUAGAGAGGAACGGUGCUACAAUGGGAAGGCUCAGUGACGACCAAGAAGAGCAUUUUACAGGUAUCUUGAAUGAUUUGUGUGUGAGAGAGAACCGUGUCCUCAGUUUAUGAAAUGCCAGAAAGCGGCAACUGGACCAGUGUCUGCAGUUUUUGGCGUUGGAACGCCGUGCCAUACAGGCCCAGAAGAGAAUACAAGAAAUGGGCGAGGUUUACCUGUUGAUGCACUACUCCACCGGCUCAGGCAUCGGCUUCAGG